AUGGUCCUCCUCACCAUGACGCCUUCCAUAGUGGAAGGUCUGAAGGCCCUAGAUCAAAACCAGCCCGAUGCGCCCAAGUCAGAGGCCGAACAGCGAGCUCCAGCCCAAGAACCGGAUCUUGAGGCCCCGCCGUGGGCAAACCCAUUUCCCACGCCCAGAUCCUCGACCUAUGGAAGAGGCUUGGGAAAGAAGAUCGGACGGAAUUUACGUUGGAGACCCUACUCCGCGGCUCCUGCGUUUACAUACCCCCACCACUUCCUAAACCUGAACCUGUUUGUUCAACCCAACCCGCCUUGA